AUGCCAGGCCUAUCAAACAAUAUUGUGAUAAAUAUCACCGAUGGCGGCUCAACAGGCAGAGGCAUUCUUAUAGGCAUCUUAUCAGCGUUUGGCUCGGCAGGUGUUGCGGUCUUAGUAUUAGCCGUCUUCUUCUUCUUUCGCUAUACCAACCGUGGUCGCAUUCUUCUUGAUCGGAUAGGCCGACCUGGCGAGUUUGACGAUGAGCAAGCGUUUAUUCGAGAAGAGGCCGAGGCCUUGGAGUCGAUGGAUGAGAUGCAAAGGGCGGAGUAUCUGAGAGCAAAAGCAUUUGUACAAGCCAAUCCGCCCGAGACGAUACACACCGAUAUCUCGUUAUCGCAGUUCUUAGCUAUUCAAGAGAAGGGAGUUUCAGCUUUUGAGUUCGAGCCAGAGCUGGAAAUUGCCAAUUGCUUCGUCGAGGCCAGGACCGAGAUAGAAUUCUUCGACUCCGAGUGCAGUGUGCAGAGCAACCUGCCGGUCCCGAAGCAGAAUGAGGUCUACUACUGGGAGGCCAAGAUCUACGACAAACCCGACAGCAGUUUGAUCAGUAUCGGCAUGACAACCAAGCCUUAUCCAUUGUUUCGGUUACCAGGCUUUCACAAAACGUCAGUAGCAUACCUGUCGACUGGCCACAGACGCUUCAAUCAGCCUUUCACCCCAACUCCAUUUGGCCCGUCGUACGUUCAGGGAGAUGUCGUUGGCGUAGGAUACAGACCUCGGACGGGUACAAUAUUCUUCACGCGCAAUGGCAAACGACUGGAUGAAUUUGCGCACAACCUGAAGACCCAGAACUUCUUUCCUACUGUGGGCGCAAAUGGUCCUUGUACAGUUCACGUCAAUUUCGGACAGAUGGGGUUUGUAUACAUCGAGGCAAACGUGAAGAAAUGGGGACUGGCGCCAAUGACAGGUAGUCUGGCCCCGCCGCCGCCAUAUGGCAGUGAACAGGGCAGUAUACUGUUGGAGACGGGAAGAGAAGGCAUUCGAGAGCCGCAGUAUAUGCCUGGACACUCACGAACGAGGAGCGGACUGGCUCGAUUGGGUCUCCCUGGAGGCAACGCUGGCCCAGUGAGGACGCCGACAGACAUCUCGCUGGCCCAACUGUCUCACAUAUCGCCACACGAGUUCAGCCCAGCAGCUAGUGCUAGCCUCGUGGAUGUAGCGACGUGCAACAUCAGCCGGUUGAAAAUACACCAGCCGGCCAGCAGAUCAUACAGCCACCUGAAUAUACGAGCCCGACAGGAAGCACUCGAAGCAGUGAGUCGGAUGAUGAGCGACGGCCACGAAGACCUCGAGUUCGAAGUGGUCCGCCCAUACCAAGCUAUGAGGCAGCGCUGGGUGAGCCUGGAAGCUCAGUGCGGUCAUGAACAGAUACCCAGCAAUUUUAUGAAUGAAAAUUAG